AUGGAGAUGUUCAGUUCAUCGACUUCUCAGCCACAGCAGUAUUUCUUCAACGACAACUUUUAUGCCAAUGGUUGGAGUAAUAACGGGAAAGAAAACAACAGUCAUGGGGAGGUGAAAGACGGCGGCGAUUCGCCUCUCUUCAGAAGCUUCAUGGAAUCUCAUAUCCACCAACAACAAGCUCCCAAGCUUGAAGAUUUUCUCGGCGGCGAAAUCAACAUCAACAACACCACCGGCUCCGCCGCUUCCCACCCGUUAAACUCCUUCCGUUACUCCGACGUCUCGCAGACAGAAACCCAGGACUCAUCCUCCUUAACCAACAUCUACGACAGCAACAGCUCCGUCUACUUUUCCGACCAACAAGAUCUCAAAGCGAUCACUACUACAGCUGGGUUCCCGUCGACGUUCUCAACCAACUCAGGGUCUGAGGUCGACGACUCAGCUACCCAAAUGACCGAGUUUGCCGGGCAGUCGAUUGAGUCAGGUAACGAGUUGGCUUAUGCACAGUGUCCGAUGAAUGCGCUGUCGUUGGCAAUAACCAGUACCGGCGCCGCCACCCGUCAAACUCCUCCUGACCAGCAGAAGGCCAUCGUAGCCGUCGAUUCCAUCAGUCAGAAUAGUUGUAAGAAGAUUACUGAUACUUUUGGACAGAGAACUUCGAUCUACAGAGGUGUUACUAGACAUAGGUGGACUGGAAGAUAUGAAGCGCAUCUUUGGGAUAAUAGCUGUAGAAGGGAAGGUCAAGCAAGGAAAGGACGUCAAGUGUACUUGGGUGGAUAUGACAAAGAAGAUAAGGCUGCGAGAGCUUAUGAUUUGGCUGCUCUUAAAUAUUGGGGGCCAACUGCCACCACAAACUUCCCGGUUGCAAGCUAUGCGACAGAAGUGGAAGAGAUGAAAAGUUCAACAAAGCAAGAAUUCAUCGCGUCAUUAAGAAGGAAAAGUAGUGGUUUCUCAAGGGGAGCAUCCAUCUAUCGGGGUGUGACAAGGCAUCAUCAACAAGGGCGUUGGCAAGCAAGAAUUGGCCGUGUUGCUGGAAACAAAGAUUUGUAUCUUGGAACUUUUGCCACUGAGGAAGAAGCAGCUGAAGCCUACGACAUAGCAGCAAUCAAGUUCCGGGGGAUGAACGCAGUGACAAAUUUUGAAAUGAAACGAUAUGAUGUUGAAGCUAUUUCCAACAGCUCCCUUCCAAUUGGUGGCUCAGCUAAGCGCCUGAAAAUCUCACUGGAGGCUGAGCAGAAACCAUCUCUGAUCACCAACCACCAUCAACAGCCACAAUACAGCAGCGGUGGCAGCAUCAGUUUUGCUAACAUCCCACCGGUUUCUGCCCUUCCUUAUGGCAUGCAAUUUGAUCCAAACUCAACACAGUCGUAUCAUCAUCAUCAUCAGAAUCAUAAUUUCUUCCAGCAUCUCCACCAGAACAACGGUGGUGUUACUCCUCAAACAUCUGGGUCUAUGUCUUCUGUAGGGAAUCCGAUGGCAUUACUGCCUCCAACACCAGCGGAGUUUUUCAUUUGGCCUCACCAAUCUUAUUAA